CGCCCUCGUUUUUGGAAAAGAGCGCGUCUGAAGAGCCCGAAUGCACCACCGCAGUAAGCCGUGUCGCCUUUCUUGAGCCGCGUAACUCCUUCCCAAGUGACGUUGCCCGAAUGGGGGCCGCUCGCUGACUGGCCCACCUGGAGGCCAAAGGCGGCGUCGCAGGAGCGGCUGGCACGAGGGAGAUAAAAGGGCGUCGCGGGGCUCUGCUGGGCGCAAGCUUCUCACCCGGGAAGAAUCAUACUCCUCCUCCUCCCGCCGCCGCCGCCGGUCUGCACCCCUUUUGACACCGAGACGGGUAUUCGCCUCUCUGCAACGCCUCCAUCGCCUCCAUCCAGUUAAGCAGACUAAAGUCAUGUUACACUGGGGAUACGAGGAAGACAACGGACCUACUCACUGGAAGGAAAUUUUCCCCAUUGCUGAUGGAGACCGGCAAUCUCCCAUUGAUAUUCACACUGAAGAGACUAAAUACGACCCCAACCUGCUUCCUCUCAGUCCCAGAUAUGAUCCUUCCUCUGCUAAAGUCAUACUCAAUAAUGGACACUCCACCAGUGUGGAAUUUGAUGACACUGAGAAUAAAUCAGUACUAAGUGGGGGUCCACUCACUGGAAAUUAUAGGCUGCGACAAAUCCACUUCCACUGGGGAGCCCAAGAUGACAUUGGUUCUGAACAUGCCGUGGAUGGAGCAAAAUUCCCAGCAGAGCUUCAUGUGGUGCAUUGGAAUGCAGAUAAAUACCCUAGCUUCGUUGAAGCUGCUCAACAACCUGAUGGAUUAGCAGUCAUGGCUGUUUUCUUAAAAAUGGGUGAAUGCAAUUCACAACUGAAAAAAAUCACAGACCAACUGGAUACCAUUAAAGUGAAGGGUAAGCAGCACAGGUUCACCAAUUUUGAUCCUUCCUGUCUUCUCCCUCAUUCACUGGACUACUGGACAUACCUUGGGUCUCUCACAGUCCCUCCCCUUCUUGAGAGUGUCAUUUGGAUCAUCCUUAGGGAGCCUAUAAGUGUUUGCUCUGAACAGCUGGCCAAAUUUCGCAACCUCCUGUGCACUGGUGAAGGAGAGCAUGCCUAUUGCAUGCUGAGAAACUUCAGACCACCACAGCCUUUAAGAGGGCGGGAAGUAAGAAGAAAUUAAAGGAAGGAUGGAAAAAUUUGUAAGUAGAAUAGAAAGAAUAGAAUAGAAUAGAAUAGCCAUAUAACAAUUCUUGACAAUUACAAUAUACAAUCAUGCCCUUAUAAUAUCAAUCCCAAAUAAAAACUUAUGGGUUUGUAUAAAAUAACAGUAAAUGCAAAGUAUGUGUAAGUAGUGAGAUGAUAAGAAGACAUGGAACAGGAAUUAAAAUACUUAUAUCCAAUCAGGAUAAAAAGUUUAUUUUAGUGAUACAAUAUUUUUGUUCAAUUAUUUGAUUCAUCUAUUUAAAUAAUAGUUUCCUUGCAGUUUGACUAUGUUAGAGAGACAAGACACUCCCUUUUUAUUAAGAGUAUACUUAAUAAUUUCAGAUGUAAUUGGAUUGCAAUACGAUAUAAUCAAUCAGAUUUAUUCUGAGUUGUAGUUAAUAUUAAUAUUACAUUUUGUGGUCUGAAUGAACUUCGUGCUGUUAUUUGAUUGUAGAGUAGCAUGUUAAGUGUGAGUGAAGAGGAUUCAGUAGAAAUAAUUUAGGGUUUGUGAAUGAAAUGACCUAAUUAGGCAGAAGAUUAAAUGAUUUAAUCUUCCACUCUGGGAUUCUAUCAAUUUAUCUUCAAAACAUCCUAGGAAUUGUUCCUUUGUAAAGAAUAGGAAUAGGAAAUUAUUCAACUAAUUAGACUAGAAAACAAGAAUAGCAAGACACUUAAAAAAUUCAAACAACUAAAAAUAUAAUGAUGGCAACAUGUUUCUUUGUAAAAUACUUUUAUCUGUGAUACAAGAGUUUUGCCUCCAUACAGAAGUGAAGUUUGGAUUGAAAUGUGUUUGUUGAAUUAUAUAACCUGUAUGCUAAUUGGUGGGUAUUUUUAUGCAAGGCUAUGAAUGAUGGUUUGGAGAUGGCAUUGUUUCAUAUUUAAAAAAACUAUGUAUCUUAAUAUUUUCAUGCUAUUUAAAUAAUUUAAUAAAAGCAUUGUUAAGGAGUCAACAGUAAUUUUGAAUCAAGGCAAGAAGGAGUAAAUAAACAGCAUCGGUCUAUGCUCUUAUGUUAGAUAGUUUUAAAAGAAA